UAUGGUACAUACUUGAUAAGUGAUAUCAAGUACAGGGCGAGUGUUGGAGAAAAGCCGGCGUUGAUACAUAGCAAUACUCGAGAUAUAAUUGAAUGUGUGAGUUAUUUCCAGAGAAUCCAUCGUUAUCUCCCUAUGAUCCCGCGCAACGCUUCCAUGACUAUCUCAUCCAUGUCGGCACAUCCCCUCCAGCAAGCUUCUCAGUUCUUCUGCUCAGUAUCUGCCUGGUGACGUACCAUCCAGAGAUACUGCCCCAUAACCCGCAACGUAUUAGCCACGGGUCCUUCUACAUUACUGUCAUGUUACCCUUCACUCAGGUACAGGCGGCCUUUCCUCCUGCCGUUCAUCUCAUUCAGGCCGGAGUUUUUUUGGUGCUAUAUGAGUAUGCACGUGGGAAACCAGAUGAUGCGUUCCUAUCUAUCAGUGGCUGUGCGCGAAUGGGGUAUGCGGCGCGUCUCUACCAAGAGCGGCCGACAUAUUUGCAUCAUUACACGGAGGAAGAAGAAAUGGUCAAUACAUAGUCAGGGAUCAUCGUUUUGGAACGGUAUUAAUCCCUGAUUUUACAACGUCUUCCUUGCUAACCAGGUAAAGCUUGUUCUUUUGCAAGC